CUACGCACCAUCCAACGCCAUCACAGGGAGCAUCCCCUCCACCAUUGCUGCCCUCUCUCGCCUCGAGUACUUGGUGUUGAGUUUGAACCCCUUUCUCACGGGAUCCCUGCCUCGCGCUCUCUCCCGCCUCACCAGACUCCAGCAUCUUUUACUCGGCAACACUGCCAUCUCGGGCCGGCUGCCUCGCUUCCUUGCAGCCCUCACUCGCCUCACUGUGCUUGAAUUGAUUGGAACAAAGGUUCAAGGAAAGAUCCCUGCCGCUUUUGGAGCCCUCACGAAUCUUGUAACCUUUCAGUUUCCUAAUAGUGGGGUGGGCUGCCCAAUGGAGGGACGCUGUGAAAUAAAUCAGGACCGUUCAUCCAUGUUUUGCAGGCUCUGUUCGACUUUCUGCUCCACUUGUAUCCCAAUCAACG